UCCUCGGGCAGAGCAUGCAAUCAGUUUGCAGAGAGCAGCCGCAGCCACAGGAAAGAUGCAGAAGCACAACCAGAAGGAACACCUCUACAAGCUGCUGGUGAUCGGGGACCUGGGAGUGGGCAAAACCAGCAUCAUCAAGCGUUAUGUCCACCAGAACUUCUCCCCACACUACAGGGCCACCAUCGGGGUGGACUUUGCUUUGAAGGUGCUGAACUGGGAUGCUGAGACUGUGGUACGGCUGCAGCUCUGGGAUAUUGCAGGACAGGAAAGAUUUGGAAACAUGACCAGGGUGUAUUACAGAGAAGCUAUGGGGGCGUUUAUUGUCUUUGAUGUUACAAGACCUGCAACGUUUGAAGCAGUGACAAAAUGGAAAGAGGACUUGGACUCUAAGUUGGUUCUUCCAAAUGGCAAACCUGUGCCAGUAGUCCUUUUAGCAAACAAAUGUGACCAGGGAAUAGAUGUUCUUAUCAACAACGGCAUCAAGAUGGAUCAGUUCUGCAAAGAGAACGGGUUCGUGGGCUGGUUUGAAACAUCAGCCAAGGAAAAUAUAAACAUCAAUGAAGCGUCGAGAUGCUUGGUGAAACACAUAAUUGCUAGUGAGAGUGAUCCAGUUCAGUCUGUUGAACCAGAUAUUAUAAAACCACACUUGAAUUCCUCCAAGAUUGUCAGUUGUUCAGCUUGCUUUAAAUCCUAAGAGACUUCCAGGCAAGAGCUGAACAACUAUGAUUCACAAUUUAUACUUUAUUCAAAGAAACCAGCCUGCCCACAUUUUCCCUAAGCAGAUUGCCAUUUUCUUUAAAAUAUAUUUAAAUUUUACCUUUCUUUUUUCAGCUAAAAUUUAUUAUGAGAUAUUCAUUGAUAGUAACUGUUCAAAACUCUCUUUAGCUGUUGGUCAAACAAGACUCAUAUCAAACCCUAUUUCUUUGCCAUGUGGUUUCUGAAAACUGUUAUUUGUGAUGUGACUGUGGCAGCACCUUAAUUGUCCAUUGAUUUCCAGGGUGUUUUCUCAAUAUCUUGACCAAGGAAAUGUCAUCAUUGCAUUCUUUGUCACCCCUCAAACUUGAACGAUCUUGUUUCAUAUGAGGAAGGUGAUGAUGAAAACAAAGUUGAGCUGUUCAGAAAGAGAUACCAAGAAUGCUCACAGUUAAAUAUUCCCAUUGCAAUUUCAGUCUCCUUGAUGCAG